AUGCCUAGCCAACCCUUUCCCAAGGUGGAGGCUAUCAACCAAGGAAUGAUCUCAGAAACAGGGGAGCCUUUAAAUACAAAGAGGAUUAGGUUUAGGGUCAAAGGGAAGUCAAGGGGGAAGCAACAUUUUUCGGGUUUGACUUUGACUCCCCAGCUCGAUCGAGUUGAAGCUUGGCCGGUCGAGUUGAGGAACUCGACCGGUUGGUCGAGUGGACGGUCGAGCUGGUCUUCAAGAUGGCUUCUCCCUUCUUCCUUUGCGUAUCCAGUUGAGCUGCUUCCAUGUGCCAAGUCCCUCCAUGCUCCUUAUGUCCCAUAUGCUCCAGAAUGCUCCAAAAGACCUAUUUCAAAGGACCAAACAUGCAUAUGUAUGCAAAUGCAACCUAAAACUAACAUGAAUGCAUAA